GGCUCCAGCCCGGGCGCGGUGGUCCCGACCGUCACCCGGAUUGCAGGGGGUCGCCGCUGAAGAGGGGCUCGGCGCCCGGCGGGGACUGCAGGCAAUGACUCAGGAUGCAGCCAGGAGCCACGACAUGUACAGAGGACCGCAUCCAGCAUGCCCUGGAGCGCUGCCUGCACGGACUCAGCCUCAGCCGCCACUCCACGUCCUGGUCAGCCGGGCUGUGUCUGAACUGCUGGAGCCUGCAGGAACUGGUCAGCAGGGACCCGGGCCACUUCCUUAUCCUCCUUGAGCAGAUCCUGAAGAAAACCCGAGAGGUCCAGGAGAAGGGCACCUAUGACCUGCUUGCACCCCUGGCCUUGCUUUUCUACUCCACUGUCCUCUGCACACCACACUUCCCACCAGACUCAGAUCUUCUUCUAAAGGCAGCCAGAACCUACCACCGAUUCCUGACCUGGCCUGUUCCUUACUGCAGCAUCUACCAGGAACUGCUCACUUUCAUCGAUGCUGAACUCAAGGCCCCAGGAAUCUCCUACCAGCGCCUCGUGAGGGCUGAGCAGGGCCUGCCCAUCAGGAGUCACCGCAGUUCCACCGUCACUGUGCUACUGCUAAACCCAGUGGAGGUGCAGGCCGAGUUCCUUGCUGUGGCCGACAAGCUGAGCACACCUGGACACUCACCCCACAGUGCCUACACCACCCUGCUCCUGCAUGCCUUCCAGGCCACGUUUGGGGCCCACUGUGACCUCCCAGGCCUGCACUGCAGGCUGCAGUCCAAGACCCUGGCAGAGCUUGAGGACAUCUUCGCAGAGACUGCAGAGGCACAGGAGCUGGCAUCUGGCAUCGGGGAUGUAGCAGAGGCCCGGCAGUGGCUCAGGACCAAGCUGCAGGCAGUGGGAGAAAAAGCUGGCUUCUCUGGAGUAUUAGACACUGCAAAACCUGGGAAACUCCGAACCAUCCCCAUCCCUGUUGCCAGGUGCUACACCUACAGCUGGAACCAGGACAGCUUUGACAUUCUGCAGGAAAUCCUGCUCAAGGAACAGGAGCUGCUCCAGCCAGGGAUCCUGGGGGACGAUGAAGAGGAGGAGGAAGAGGAGGAGGAGGACUUGGAAACUGACGGGCAUUGUGCAGAGAGGGACUCACUGCUCUCCAUGAACUCUGUGAUGUCCCACGACUCUACCCUGUCCUUUGCCUCCUCCCAGGCCUCAGGGCCAUCCCUCUCUCGCCAGUUGCUGACCUCCUUUGUCUCAGGCCUUUCGGACGGCGUGGACAGUGGCUAUGUGGAGGACAGCGAGGAGAGCUCCCCUGAGUGGCCUAAGAGGCCUGGCAGCCAGGAACGCCGGGGUCACCGCAGGCCGGGGCAGAAGUUCAACAGGAUCUAUAAACUAUUUAAGAGUACCAGCCAGCUGGUACUGCGGAGGGACUCUCGGGGCCUGGAGGGCAGCUCGGACAAGGCCCUGCCCCUGCGCCGGGCGGAGAGCCUCUGCAACCCCCUGGACAACUUGGCACUGCCCCCCUCCCGUGCCCAGCGCUCCCGCUCCCUGCCCCAGCCCAAGCUCAGCACCCAGCUGCCCAGCUGGCUCCUAGCCCCUGCCUCACGCCACCAGCGCCGCCGUCCCUUCCUCAGUGGGGACGAGGACCCCAAGGCUUCCACACUACGUGUUGUGGUCUUUGGCUCCGAUCGGAUUUCAGGGAAGGUGGCUCGGGCCUAUAGCAACCUUCGACGGCUGGAGAACAAUCGCCCGCUCCUCACACGGUUCUUCAAGCUUCAGUUCUUCUACGUGCCUGUGAAGCGAAAUCGUGGGACCAGCUCUGGUGCCUGCCCAGCCCCCCCAAGCCAGAUGCCCCCACUUCCCACGGACUCCCCAAAGCACCCCAGCCCUGCAGAGCUGCGCACAGCCCCAUGGGAGGAGAGCACCAACGACAUCUCUCACUACCUUGGCAUGCUUGACCCCUGGUAUGAGCGCAACGUGCUGGGCCUCAUGCACCUGCCCCCUGAAGUCCUGUGCCAGCAGUCCCUGAAGGUUGAAUCCCGGCCACUGGAGGGCUCCCCUGCCCAGCUGCCCAUCCUGGCCGACAUGUUGCUCUACUACUGCCGCUUCGCCGCCCGGCCGGUGCUUCUGCAGGUCUAUCAGACAGAGCUGACCUUCGUCACCGGGGAGAAGACGACAGAGAUCUUCAUCCACUCCCUGGAGCUGGGCCAUUCUGCUGCGACACGCGCCAUCAAGGCUUCGGGUCCUGGCAGCAAGCGGCUGGGCAUCGAUGGCGACCGGGAGGCUGUCCCUCUGACACUACAGAUUAUUUACAGCAAGGGGGCGAUCAGUGGACGAAGUCGCUGGAGCAACCUGGAGAAGGUCUGUACCUCCGUCAACCUCCACAAGGCCUGCCGGAAGCAGGAGGAGCUGGACUCUGGCACGGAGGCCCUGAUGCUAAACUUGACAGAAGUGGUGAAAAGGCAGAACCCCAAAUCCAAGAAGGGCUUCAACCAGAUUAGCACAUCACAGAUCAAAGUGGACAAGGUGCAGAUUAUCGGCACCAACAGCUGCCCCUUUGCCGUGUGUCUGGACCAGGACGAGAGAAAGAUCCUGCAGAGCGUGAUUAGGUGUGAGGUCUCACCCUGCUACAAGCCAGAGAAGAGCAGCCUCUGCCCACCAUCCCAGAGGCCUCCCAACUCGCCGGCCAAGGCUGCGCCCGACCUCUGCUCCCUCCUCUGCCUGCCCAUCAUGACUUUCAGUGGAGCUCUGCCCUAGCACGGCCCUGGUGCCAGACUGGACAGGAAGCCUGGGCCAGCCUCCUCUCAGCCUCGCUCCAAGUGGUCACUCUCUGUGGAGAACUAAAUGACCCUGUGCUAGGUCUGGGUGCCACGGUGGCCCGGUGAUGGGCAGGGGCAAUGGGUAGGUGGUUUCUGGGGCCUCAGAAUUCUGAGAGAAAGCCAUUAGAGAGAGAGGGACUGGCCACUUAACCUCUCAGAUUCCUCACAGUAAAAGGAGAUGGAUGGGUGAGUUGAUCUCCAAAGGCCCUAACCACUAGCGCAGUCUAGGAUCCUUUCUAGAAGGGAGAUGUGAGGCUCUGGUGCUCUGGAGUAUGGUUUAGGCUUCCUCCCGCAGCCCUUGGCUGGGCCUACCCCUUACUUCAUCAAAGACUUAGGGAACCCUUUGUGUCUGGAGUUCAGUCCCCUCUACUGUGGGGCUCAGGUGGUAGAAUGUGGAUGAGACUUUUCUUUCCUUCAAUGCCCUCCCCUCCCCCACCCCCUAGCACACAUACAUGCACACAUCUCCGCAGUUUCUCUCUCUCUCUCUCUCUCUCAGGUUCCCUGAGUCUCCUGAAAAACAGCACUAACACUUUACCUGUCCAACGUUAGGACCUGGUACAGAUUCUCUCUUGAGCUACGUCCUGGAUCUGAGAUCCUUGGGAGAUGGGACAGUCUUAAGUUCAGUAGCAGCUCACUUACCUUCCACCUAAAUGACCAGAAAGAAAUUAACUUCUUUGAGUCUCCAUUUCCUCAGUACUAAAAUGGUGGGGAAAUAAGACCUCCUUAAAGGGAUGAAAAAAAAGUUGUCUGCAAAGCAGCUAGCCCAGUGCCUAGGCCAUGGUAGGUGCUCAGCAAAAAUCAGUGCCUCAUCCUCUAAAUGCUGGUUCCCUGUCUCUGGCCACUGGGAUUCUCUCACUGCCUCUGGGAUGCUUCUCAUUCACCCUUUCCCAAUUUUCCGGGUGAGGCAGAACCAGACGGAGCGGGUAAGCAACGAUUGAUUUUACCUUCCAAAGAAGGAAUUGCCUUUGUCAGGGUAAGGGGUCUGCUCGGGUGCCCCACCCUUCGCCGCCUUCUCUAUCAGGUUGGCCCCAGUGCCCCUCACUACCAUCUCACUCUUUUCGCUGUUGCACAUUGCGUGCAGAAUCUUCCAUACUCACAAGUUCACUGGCACCGUUCUGGCACCUGGGCAAGAUGCCAGAGGAGCGGAGACUGAAAUGACUGUCCUCACAAAGCUUAGUGCCUGAUUGGAGGGACAUGGGACUUAUACAUGGGAAAUGUCUGACAUGUCAUAGAACAAGGGAGACUAAAAUGUAAAACCACCAGGUUGGAGUGGUUUGAGGAGUUGGAUGCCAAUGGGGUCUGGGGUGAUAGGGUGGAGGGUAGGACCAGGAUGUGGGCUGGUGGAGGUGGGAAAGUAACCAUGGAGGCAUGACACUGUAUCCCACACACGGCCCCUUUUCCUCUCCUUCUCCUGAUUGACACUCCUCCAAAGGUCCUGGGCUUAUAGGAGCCCAUGAAAUUGCAGCUCGGAGUAUUCAUGAUGCAAGGACAGUGGCCAGAGACAGCUCCCGCCCUGUGUAGCCAUCCCUCCCUGUCCCAGCUGUCUGUACUUGCUCCGGGCUGCAGAAGAGUGGUCGGCUGUGCACCUUCAGUACUUUUUUGCUAUGUGGGCAGGUUGUCCUACUACAUGAUCUGCAGAUGUCCAGAUAUUACCGAGAGGAACUUAAUAUUAUUGUCAAUAAAACUUGAUUUGUCCCAUAUUUAAUGAUCUACAGUUAAUUUGCUGCAUGGCAAUGAACAGCUAGUUGGACAGUUUAAAUAAAUCAUUUCAUAUAUAGCAGAAA